AUGGCCGCCUCGGGGCACAUCCUCGACGGCCGAGGCAUCUUGGACAUUUUCGUGGGUUCCCCUGGAUCCGACAGUGGCGGUGGACAGGACGCGAGGGUCGGCGCCGGCCGCGAGGACUCCUCCACCGGCGGCACCCUCAGCACCUCGUCGAGCAGCAAGACGUCGUCGCUCGGCAAGCUGGCCGCCACCUUCAUCCCCAUCGCCAUCUACGUCGUCAUCUGCCUCAUCCUCUUCACCAUACUGCGCCGGAAAUGCAAGCGCGUCUACGCCCCGCGCACCUUUGCCGACCUCCGGGCCCCCGAAGUCCCCUCGCCCGCCCUGCCUUCCGGCUGGUUCAACUGGAUCGUGCCCUUCUUCAAGAUACCCGACACCUUCGUCCUCAACCACGGCUCGCUCGACGGCUUCUUCUUCCUCCGCUUCCUCAAGGUCCUGCGCAACAUCUGCCUCGGCGGCUGCCUCAUCCUCUGGCCCGUUCUCUUCCCCGUCCACGCCACCGGCGGCGGCGGCCUCGGCCAGUUGGACAUGUUCACCAUCGGCAACGUCCAGAACGCCCGCAGGCUGUACGCCCACGCCUUCAUGGCCUGGGUCUUCUUCGGCUUCAUCCUCUACAUGGUUGUCCGCGAGUGCAUCUACUACGUAAACAUCCGCCAGGCCUACCUCUCGUCCCCCUACUACGCCCAGCGCAUCUCCUCACGCACCCUCCUCAUCAACUGCAUCCCCAACCAGUACCUUGACGAGCACCGUCUCCGCAAGCUCUACGGCGAUUCCGUCCGGCGCGUCUGCAUCCCGCGCACCUCCAAGGCCCUCGCCAAGCUGGUCAAGGAGCGGGAGCAGACGGCCAUGCGGCUGGAAAAGGCCGAGGUCUCGCUCAUCGGCAAGGCCAAUCGGGUGAGGACGAGGCAGAUCAAGAAGGAGAACAAAAAGUACGGCGAGGAGACGGUCGAUGUCGAAAAGGGCCAGUCUGGCUCCGUCGACUCCGCCAAGGACGUCGGCCAAGAGGUCCACCCGGCCACCCAUCGCGAGGACCUCCCGGUGAUCGAGACGCACGAAGACGUCGGCACCAAGGACGGCGGCCACGGGCAGACCUCCCGCGGAGGCUGCAUCGUCGUCGAGAUCCCAGGCUCCAGCGUCAGCUCCGAGCUGGAGGAGAAGGAGGCCGAGUUGGACGAGAAGGCGCGCCGUGUCGAGUCGAUGCACGUCGACCCCUUUGAUGAAAUCUACUACACGCACCCCUACGGCCUCGACCCGAACCUGCCCGACGUCCGAGGCUCCGUCGCGGCCCAGUACAUUCCCGUCGAGGCGCGCCCCUACCACCGACCCAUCGGCAACUUUGGCCGCCGCGUCGACACCAUCCGCUGGACCCGCAACCGGCUGCGCGAGCUCAACCUCCAGAUCUUCAAGAUGCGCCGCCAGGUCAGGCGAGGCGAGGGAACGACGCUGCCGGCCGCCUUCAUCGAGUUUGACACGCAGGAGAGCGCCCAGGCGGCGCAGCAGACGCUCGCCCACCACCGCCCCAUGCAAAUGUCCGAUCGCCUGCUCGGCAUCCGGCCCGACGAGAUCCUCUGGAAGGGCUUGCGGAUGCCGUGGUGGGAGCGUAUCGCCCGUCGCUUCUUCAUCCUGUCCUUUAUCGCCGCCGCCGUCAUCUUCUGGUCGAUCCCCUCGGCCGCCAUCGGCCUCGUCUCGCAGAUCUCCUUCCUCGCCAAGAACAUCAUCUUCCUCUCCUGGCUCCUGAAGUUGCCGACGGUCAUCCUCAACUUCCUCCAGGGUUUCGUGCCCGCCCUCGCGUUGACGCUGUGGAUGUCGGUCGUGCCACACAUGCUUCGAGCUCUCGGCGCCCAGGCCGGCAUCCCGUCCGUCACCAUGGUCGAGCUGUUCGUCCAGCAGGGCUACUUUGCCUUCCAGGUCGUCCAGGUCUUCCUCGUGACGACGCUCACGUCGGCGGCCUCGGCCGCCUUCACCGACGUCAUCCUCAACCCGAUCAAGGCCAAGGACAUCCUCGCAUCGAACCUCCCGAUGGCGUCCAACUUUUACCUCUCGUACAUUCUCAUCCAGUGCCUCAUGAGCAGCGGCACCCACCUGCUGCAGCUCUCGUCCCUCAUCCGGCACCAGGUCAUCGACAAGUUCACCCACCUGCCCCGGACGCGGUACCGCAUGUACCGCAAGUUGCGGCCGGAGAAGUGGGGAGGCAUCUUCCCCGUCUACGCCAACAUGGGCGUCAUCGCCAUGAGCUACGCGUGCAUCGCGCCGCUGAUCCUCAUCUUCGCCGCCGGAGGCAUGGCCUUUAUGCGCAUCAUCUGGCGGUACAACAUCAUCUUCGUCCUCGACUCGGACAUGGACAGCAAGGGCCUCUUCUACCCACGCGCCCUGCUCCACCUCAUGGUCGGGCUCUACCUCGCCGAGGUGUGCCUCAUCGGUCUCUUCGCGCUGCACCUCGCCUUCGGCCCCAUGGCCAUGAUGAUCAUGUUCCUCAUCUUCACCAUCCUCGUCCACAUGUCGCUCAGCGACGCCAUCGCGCCGCUGCUCCAGAACCUGCCGCAGACGCUCGCGCUCGAGGAGGAGAUUCAGCUCGAGGAGAAGGAGGCGGCCGAGAAGGCGCGGCAGCAGUCGGUCGCGCGGACCGAGGACGAGAUCAAGGGCGCCAACGGGGCCGCGAGCAGCUACUACGACACGCAGCAGACGUUCGGCGACGAGGAGGAGGCGGCGCGGCGCCACAGGGCCGAGGAGGAGGACGCGCUCGACGAGCUCGAGGAGUGGGAGGAGGAGGAGGCCGAGGGCGGCGGCCGGUCCGACGAGGAAGGGGUGACGAGCAGCCGAGCGCUCGAGGGCGCCGGAAGCAUCAAGCUGACGCUCGCCGCCUGGUUCAAGGCGAGCACGGCGACCAAGGCGCGGUCGGUGGCCGACAGCUCGGGCGCAUCGCGGGUCCUCCAGAAGCUGCGCUUCUGGUCGGGCGACAAGCACGGCGAGAAGCCGCCGGGCUUCCUCGCCCGCUGGCUGCACCCGGAGGAGUACGAGGACUUUGUCUACCUGCGGCACCAGAUGCCGCCCGACAACCUCCGCAACGUCGAGUACCCGGCCAACAUGCGCUACCUCGCCGACUACGCGCCGCCCGAGAUGUGGCUGCCGCGGCCGCGCCUUUGGAUCCCGCGCGACGAGGCGGGCGUGAGCCGGCAGGAGGUGGCGCACACGCGACGGUACACGCCCAUCUCGGACCGGGGCGCCGUCAUGGACGAGCGCGGCCGCAUCACCGUGUGGUUCGGGGAGGUGCCGCUCGACGAGCCCAAGUUGAUUUUGUAG